UAUAAAUUUAAUUACACCACUCUAUAAAAACCUUGAUCUUAUAACUUGAUGACUUUUUUAUUAUUUGGAUUGACUGCCUCAUGUGCGAGCAGAGGUUGUGUUAAACAAAAAUGUUCAGUCAUUUACUGAGUUUUUAAGAAUAUUUAAAAAGAACAUAUUCAAACCUAACACCUAAACUUUUAUUUUACAACUAUUAUCUGCACUGUACAUGACACAGAGGCACAUGCGGACUCACUCUGGGUAUGCACAUUUGUGUGUGAGACAGAGGGAGAGAAAGAAAGAGCAUGCACACUAUCUGCCACGUGACAUAAGAACACAACACUUUUAAUAGCAUAACUGAUGGUCUGUUUUAAAGUCUGCAUUAAACUGAAAUUGUGAUAGUCUUUUCUUCCCUAUUGUGGUCAAGUGAAACAGCUUCUCAAACAAGAAAAUUUUGGAGAGACUUGAUUUAGUCCAUCGGAAUUUAAAUGAACAGUUGUCGUUUGUUAUUGAUGCAAUCUCAUGUGAGUGAUAGGUUGUCCCGCCCCUCAUGUCAGUGAACACAUCAUCAGAGAAGAGAAGAGAAGAGAAGAGAAGAGAAGAGAAGAGAAGAGAAGAGAAGAGAAGAGAAGCAAGUAUGUACAGAGGAAAUUGUCUUUACAAUGAAAACCACUAGAAACAAGGAACAACAGAAGCCAGGCUAUGUGUCAACGACAACCACAAACACAAAAGAAAACACAGGGCUAUUUAUGCAUGAGGGCAAUCAAGGAACUAAACGAGACAAUGUCAAAUCAUUACCUGUCCAGCAGAGGGAGACAGGGAGCACAAGACCAAACUCUGGGCCUAUACCAUGAAGCCGGUUUAGGUGGACAGCUAUGAAACUAGCUGAACAUGAAGCUUUCGAAUACGCUGCAUGCUCUGAUAUAGAAGAAGAGUAUUACAUUGGCUAUGAUGAAGAAGAGGUGGGGCAUGUCGACUUUAAACAGAAGAGAGGAGUACCUACAUUACCUGAUUUUGUGGGAAAUAUAACAUUUCCCGGAAUUUAUGCAAUUGGUGCUGAUGCAAUAGUAGGAUGCAAACGUGACUUGCCACGAUUUAUUGAUACGUUCAAGAGCCUACCACUAGAAAUAGAUCUAGAUGCACCCCAGACUUCAAUCUAUCCAAAGGAUGAUGUGCAGCUGGGUGUUCAGAACACCCUUAUCUGUCAUGUGACCGGCUUCUAUCCUCCAUCUGUCAACAUCUCAUGGACUAAGAAUAAUGUUAAUGUGACAGAGGGCAUGAGUUUAAGUCAGUACCGUCCAAGGACAGAUAAUAGCUUCAACAUCUUUUCCACUCUCAAGUUUACACCUGCUGAAGGAGACAUUUACAGCUGCACGGUGAACCACAAAGCCCUCCAAGGGCAACCUCAGACCAAAAUAUGGGAUGUUGAUGUUGCCCUCCCAAGUGUUGUUCCAGCUGUGUUCUGCGGAGUAGGUGUGACUCUUGGACUUUUGGGAGUAGCUGUAGGAAUGUUUUUCCUCAUUAAAGGACACAACUGUAACUGACUAUGAAGAAAUAUGGAAGCAGAACUUUGAAAAUAUCUAUUAAUUUUUCUAUUACUGAGCAAUGUGACAAAAAUGCUAAAAUUAACAUAAGUGUCAUUCUCCUUGACAGGUUGACCAUAUUUUAGUUUUCAGAAAAAGAGGACAGGGGGAGGGGGGGUUGUUUGGGGGGGCUAAAUACGUUGACAGAUGCAUUCACAACAAAUGUUAUUGAACUUUAAUAUGUUAAGUAAUACAUUUUUUUUUACAUUCAACGUGUGGCCCUUAACAAUAGAAUAGGCUAAUAACAAACAAAUUGUUAAAAAGUUUUUUAUUUUGUUUUUUUUUUCCGCAAAUUUGGAAUAUCUCAUAAAACAUUUGCAAAUAAAGCAAUGUUUCCAUCCAGUGAGUCAAAGAGAACAAAACUGUCACUUCCUGACAAACUGACGAUAAAUAUCAAUAAAAAAAAAUGGAAGUUGCUGCAGUAGAAGCCAAAGUAUAUAAUAAUUUUCAUAUAUAAUAUGAAAUUUAUAUGAUAAAUGAUAUAUUAUCCAUCAUACCAUCAUGUUUUCUUGCAUUCAGAUUCCUGGUGUUUGUGAAUGCAGUCGUGUGAGAUGCUUCUGGUAGGGAUACCAAACCACUUUCACGACAGACUUUGCUCAGGCAUUACAAAAUGACCAAAGAAUUUCAGAUGCUGUGCAACAAGAUCGGUUUGCAAAGUCACAUUUUUUGAUGCGCAUCAAGGAAUUUAUUCUGUAAAAGUGUUUCCAUUGUACUUAAUGCGCAGGUUUUUGUGUCGCAUAAUACAUUUAUUUGACUUAGCUGAGCACGUACGUUUUUUUUAUUAUGUGUAUUUUUAGAUUUUAUGCACAUCAUGGUCUUCUUGGGGUCCAUCCAUCAUUUUUUUUUAUGCGAUAUCCCAAAAUGCUUAUAAAAUAGAAGGAUGGUAACAUAGCAGGGGCUUCUGUGUACACAAUAAAACUUUAAACAUAUGUCUUGCAAAGACUUUUAUGCCUACUUGAUUGGUAAUCAAGGACUGUUGGGAAAGAGUUCAUAAGAUUAAUAAGAAGUAAUCUAAACUCUUAUCACAAAGUCAUAGUCAAUCUCAUUGUGACCUUAUGUAGUUUUUUUUUGACAAUCUGCCUUAUUAGCAUAGACACAGCCCUGAGUGAGAAGCACAGAGUUCGUCAUUUCUGUAUCCUCACUUUAGCAGCUGGAGUUGUACAAUGCCUGCACCAAAAGAGGCAUUACCAUAGACUCACAGAGGACAUCAUGGCUGAAUUAAUUUUCGAAGGAAAUGUCCUGAAGAAAGUUGCUAGUAUUAUACGUUUGCGCUAAUCAUUUUUGACUACUUCACAAACAAGGGGCUUUUCAAAGCAGAAUUUUCAAAAAGUUUGAUUCUAAAAGAUGGGUCAAUACACUUUGUGUGCAAACUUCAGAUCCAGACUAUCACAUGUCAUAUAUUGUGAGUCCUUCCAAAUUGCCUUUCUGUAAGAGCUUGUUGGCACCCUGUAUGGCAAAUGUGCUAAAACUACAAUAGUCUCUGCCUGUUUUCAUUAAUGCUGCCUAUCAUUAUAAUCAUGUGCUAUCGGGAUUAUCGUAAAUACAAGUUUCCUAGGUAAAAAUUGCACAUGAACGCCCUUUGAAGUCUCCCUUGAAUGCAACAAGCUCAUAAUUUUCUGAUAGCACGUGAAGACACCAGGAGACCAGAGCUAUGUUGUUAUUUUUAUCCUGCCAUGCUCACCAUCAGCGUAAUUCAUAAAUACGUAUUUAUUAUGCACAGUACAGUCAGAUGACAGAUGACUGAACAUGUAAGGCUAAAGAACACCGCUACUUACAAUUUGUGACAUUUUCAUUGCAUGAGAUUGUCCUGUUUUGUUGUUGCCGGUAUGCCAGAGCAUGAGCUUUUGAAACUCCACCCUCUUCUUGAUAGGGGUCCGGGAGCACCAGCUCAUUUGCAUUUGAAGGGACACACACAAAAAUGGCACAUUUUUGCCCCCAAAAAGUGGAAAUUUUAACAUGCUAUAAAAAUUAUCUGUGUGGUAUUUUGAGGGAAAUCAGAGACUUAUUUCACAUCUUGUAAAAAGGGACAAAAUAGGUCCCCUUUAAAUUUUUCAUGCAACAUGAA